UCGUUAUCGAACAUGGCUGUUAAUAAUUGUUUAUGUUUGUUACGGCUGUGAGUGUCUUGUGUAAUAGCGGUCGCGUAUAAAUCAUGAAUGGAUAUUUCGCAUAAAGUUUGAGGAAUAAAUAUCUGACUAUUUUACUACAUCUUUGGGAAAUGUCAGAGAAGUAUUCACUGAACGGGCGGGAGUAUCCCCUCGAAAACUACGGGGCUGUGAAACGCAAACACGAGGACAAAGUGCGCAUCAUACCCGAGGACAAUAGUUCCACCACCUCGGAGGGAGGUGUACAGAUUGAGACCCAGUCACACACACGCCUCUCAGAAGAUAAAGACUGCUACUUCCAAGAUGGCAAAAGGAAGAUUGAUUUCAUGCUGGUCUAUGAGGAAGACAUAGUUGAGCUGAAGUCUCUGGAGACUCAGAAGGGGUCCACGGAUCACAAGCGGUACAAGUUCCUGGAGAGUCUGCGCAAGGCUGGACUGGAGAUGGAGGAGGAGCGUGUUGACAUGGAGAGCAAGGCCAUCACCUAUGUGAAGUUGUACGCCCCCUGGGACGUCUGCUGUUUCUAUGCUGAGGACUUGUGUAUGAGAGCACCCCUACAGGCGCACCCAAACCCAUCUUCCAACUGGUCAGACUCGAUUUUGAAGACACUCCACAUCCCCAACAUGAUGCAUGUGGAGGUGCCCAACAAACCACUUGACUUCUACACAUGCCCCUUUAAAAAGUCCAAACUCAACAGGUUUCUGGGCAGCAACAAUCAUGAGACAUAUUUCUCAUCCACUCAGAGGAGCCGUAUAGUGUGGGAAAUACUUACUACAGCAGCGUUUGGCAAGAGAAAGCGAGCUGAGAUAGGGGUAGAGCGGCUCAUAGAGGAGGGAGUGUAUUCUGCCGCCUAUCCUUUGCAUGACGGCCCGCAUGAGAUGCCCAAGUACUGCAAGCUAGAGCCAGAGGCCCUCAACCCGCGCCAGGUCCUGUACCACUACUGGGCGUCCUGGGGCACCUGGUACCGAUAUCAACCCCUUGACCACAUCCGAGAAUACUUCGGAGAGAAAAUAGGCAUAUACUUUGCAUGGCUCGGUUUCUACACAGCGUGGUUGCUACCAGCAUCCCUGGUUGGCAUAUUUGUGUUCCUGUAUGGAGUGUUCACCAUCAAUGACAAUACACCUGCUAACGAGGUGUGUUCAUCCAACCAGACCUACCAGAUGUGUCCACUCUGUGAUGAGAACAUCGGCUGCCCAUAUUGGUUCCUGUCUGACGUCUGUAUGUACAUCAGGGCUGCAUACCUGUUUGACCAUCCGGGAACCGUCUUCUACUCAAUAUUUGUGUCCUUCUGGGCUGUGACAUUUCUGGAGUACUGGAAACGUAAGAAUGCGAGCCUAGCCCAUCACUGGGACGUGUCAGACUAUGAGGAGGAAGAGGAGCGACCGCGUCCUGAGUACGCAGCCAAGGCUCCCACAUACGAGGAGAACCCGAUCACCCGUGUCAAGGAGCCGUACUUUCCACCACGCAAACGCCUUCCCAGAAUCCUGUCUGGAAUUGCUGUCAUUAUCAUCAUGAUGACUCUAGUGAUGAUAUUCAUCGUCGCAGUGAUCAUGUACAGAGUGCUGGUCAGCAUACCACUUUUUCAACACGCUAGCACACGUCCACGGGCCCAGCUAAUAGCCUCUUUCUCGUCGGCUAUCGUCAACCUUUUAUGCAUUAUGGCCCUGGGGCGAGUGUAUGAAAAACUGGCAUUGAAAAUGACACAAUGGGAGAUGCACCGUACCCAGACAGAGUUUGAAGACCAGCUGACCUUCAAGGUGUUCCUCUUCCAGUUUGUCAACUUCUACUCAUCCAUCAUCUACAUAGCUUUCUUCAAGGGAAAGUUUGUUGGUUACCCUGGCCACUACACUACAUUCUUUGGCCUGAGGAGUGAGGAUUGUAACAAUGGGGGCUGCCUGGUGGAGUUAGCCCAACAGUUGGCAGUCAUUAUGAUUGGCAAGCAAAUGAUCAACAACGCACAGGAAAUCAUCGUACCGAAGGUGAAGGCAUUCUUUCAUCGUAUGAAGAUCAAGGUGGACAAAUCUCGCGUCCAGUCACGUUGGGAGGAAGAUUACCAGCUGAUAGAGAAUGAGGGACUGUUUGCAGAGUACCUUGAAAUGGUUUUGCAGUUUGGGUUCAUUACAAUCUUUGUGGCAGCCUUUCCGUUGGCUCCCUUGUUUGCUCUCCUCAAUAACUGGGUGGAGAUACGACUCGAUGCCCAAAAGUUUGUCAGUGAAACCCGCAGACCGGUGGCUGACCGAGCGCAGGACAUUGGUGUCUGGUUCUCCAUUAUGGAUGGACUGGCUCAGAUAGCUGUCAUUAGUAAUGCAUUCUUGAUUGCAUUUACAUCAGAGUUCCUACCUAGAUUGCUCUACCAGUAUCAGUAUAACUGGAACCUGGAGGGGUACACAAACUUCACACUGGCAAUGGCCCCUAAUGGGACCCUCAGUCAGCCAUGCAGGUACAAGGGAUUCCGAGACAAUGAAGGCAACUACACCAUGUUUUUCUGGCAUUUAUUGGCUGUCCGUCUUGCCUUCGUCAUCGCUUUUGAGCACGUGGUGUUUGGUAUCUGCCGCCUGAUUGACAUCCUGGUUCCCGAUGUCCCAGAAAGCCUCUCUCUGAAGAUCAAACGUGAGCGCUACCUCGCCAAACAAGCACUAGCUGACACGGACACCAUCAUGCAGAUGCCGGGGGCUUAUAGCUGCUACUGGGCUAUCAGUUUGUUUGUAAUGUUUUAA